AUGCGCUUGCUCAAUCUUUUUGCCAUCGCCGGCGCAUUGGUGCCACUCAACGCCGCUCCCACUUGUGCAGAACCGAAAACAUCCAAGGCGAAAACUGAAUGCUCCCGUCACCCAGUCAGCCCCUGGAUCCAGGAGAAGAAAUUCGAUGCCUUUGUUCACAAGUUCUACGUUCUAAAGGAGCCUAAAGCGGCCAUUCUGGAGAAUAUGGCCGUCGAUUACAUCCAACACAACCCCGACGCCUUGAGCGGACGCCAAAACGCCAUCGACUAUGUUGGCCCUACGUUCGAAAUCGCCAACUUCACGGUCGCCCGUACGUCCUUCAGCAACAGCACUGGCUGGGCCCAUACUAAGAUGGAGAUUCCGGGCGCACCAUUUUUCGCGGUGGUGGAUAUUUUCAGGUUCGAGGGAACCUGCAUUGUUGAACAUUGGGAUGUGUUCCUCCAGCUGCCGGCCAACGCCACAAAUCCGCUGGCGCUGUUCUAAGAGCUCGUUGGAAAUACGCACAUGUCAGGAG